UUUUUAAUAAAUCUAUUUCUUUUGAAAAUAAUAAAUAAAGUAACAUUUAAAAAAUAUAAACUAAUAACACAACAAGAAAAUUGUAUCCGCGGUCGAAAGUUCAACGGUUCCCGACGCGCAUGCGCAAUACAACAAGUUGGCGCGGAACACCCGGAUGUGCUGCCGCACGAGCACGAUACGGUAGAAGGAAGAGGCAUGACGCCAUGUUUUGAUGUCGUCAUCCCCCCCCAAACCGCUGUUUCUUGAGCAGCACAAUAGUCUGUCAGUGUUUUUCUGUUGUGCGCCUCGUGUUCCGUGUUCCUGGUGGCGGUUUUGGCAUAUUCCAUUGGCCCUCCCCAUUGUCGUGUCGAAAUUGGAUGCUUGCCUUUAAGGCUAACGCUUGUCUCUGUGGAUUGACGGUCGCUGAAGGUGGCCUUUCGUCUCUUUUCAUGUCCGGGGAAGUAACCGCGGAGCGGGGGGGUCCGCGAGCGUCGUCUACGUGGUGGUAGUGUCCUAGUGCGGGGAGGACGAGCGAUCACGAUCCUCCACCGAACGGUUAAUCCAAGUGAUUACGUCACACGAUCCUGAGCUGGGCUUUCGAAAGAAACGAUUUACUAAAGAAGUGGACGGGGACGACGACGGGGACGAAGACGACGGCCCUGCUAAAAUGGAGCUGCGCCUGCACUCGCCAGCCGGAGCAGAACCGAUCGUCUAUCAAUGGCCCCUUACUUCUGGAUCCGGAUCUGAUCGUCACGAUGGUGCACUUGAUGUUGUUGAAACAAUGAGAUGGGUUUGUGAGGAUUUGCCAGAUUUAAAACUACCAUUAGAAAAUAAUAUUUUAUGUGAUUAUGACACAAGAGAUUAUGAAAGUAUGAAAAAUUUAUGUGACAGAUUUAAUAGAGCAAUUGAUAGUUUAGUUCAGUUGGAGAAAGGCACUAGUUUACCAUCACAAAGGUUAAAUAAAAGACCUAGUCGAGGUUUAUUAAAACAUAUACUUCAACAAACAUAUAAUCAAGCAGUAGUGGAACCAGAUAAAUUAAAUCAAUAUGAACCUUUUUCACCAGAAGUUUAUGGAGAAACAAGUUAUGAAUUAGUAUGUCAAAUGAUUGAUCAGAUUGAUGUAACAGAAGAUGAUGUAUUUGUUGAUUUGGGAUCUGGAGUUGGUCAAGUAGUUCUACAAAUGGCUGCAGCUACCUUAUGUAAAAUUUGUAUUGGUGUUGAAAGAGCUGAUGUACCAUCAAGAUAUGCACAGAGUAUGGAAAUAAACUUUCGUAAAUGGUUGAAUUGGUAUGGAAAAAGAUGCGGCGAAUACCGUUUGGUAAAAGGCGAUUUUUUAGCUGAUGAACAUCGUGAAAGCAUUACCGGAGCUACAAUAGUAUUUGUCAAUAAUUUUGCAUUCGGUCCAACGGUGGAUCAUCAAUUAAAAGAACGAUUUGCUGAUUUACGGGAUGGUGCGCGCAUUGUAUCAUCAAAAUCAUUUUGCCCUCUUAAUUUUCGUAUAACGGAUAGAAAUCUCAGUGAUAUUGGCACAAUAAUGCAUGUCUCGGAAAUGUCACCGCUGAAAGGUUCUGUCUCGUGGACUGGUAAACCAGUGUCUUAUUAUCUACAUGUAAUUGAUCGUACUAAGUUAGAACGUUAUUUCCACCGCUUAAAGAACAAUAAACAAGGUGGCGAUGAAAAUUCUGAUUCUGUGAUAAAUAACACUGCCAGCAGUACUAAUAAGAUUACAAAUAGAAAUGAGAGAGGUGACAGAGCUAAACGAGAUCUUUCAAGACAGUUAGAAAGCCCAAAUCAUUCAGAACAACAAGGAACGAAUAGUGAUUCAGAUAUAGAUGAGAAUAAUAUUAAAAAUCGUCGGCAACCAAAUAAGAUUCGUAGAAAGUUAAAUAGAAAAUCUAAUGGUAUAACAAGACCUCCAGCUAGAGGCAGACAAAGAGGAAGAGGCGUGAAGAAAUCGAAACCUAAGAAAGCAAUUAAUAUUUCUGGUCUGGAUUUAUUACAUAGUCAAACAUUACUUAGUACAUCUCCACAAGCUCUGGGAAAGAAACCACCGCCUGCGCCUGGUUGUGUAGAUCAACAAUUGUCUUCAUUAUCACUUUCAUUACAAUCACAUUCCACCUCUGUACACGAAGAACUUAGUAUACCACCUGCUCCGUCCGCCACUCCAUAUGCAUUACAAAUACUUUUGGACUUGUACAGGGACCAAUUCAUGCUCAUGUUAGAAUCAAUGAGAACUCCUUCAUACAGAGUAUCAGUCAAUACAGAUAUUGCGAAAGAAAGAGAAAGAAAUUCAAAAUUGCAAUCAAGAGCGGCGCAAUUAGAAAAACAAAUAAAAGUAUUAAUUGAUGAUAGUGUAGCACUUUUAAAAGCAAGAAUGACUGAGUUAGGUAUAAAUGCAACAUCACCUGGAGAUUUACUUGCAAAAGCUAAAGAGAUAGUUCUUAGACAUAAACAAUUGCAAGCUAAAGCAAGUAAGCUGCAAGCUCAAGUUGCAUCUAUGGAAAGUGAACAAUCAAGAUUAACUGCACUUAGACAUCAAGAAUUACAAGAGAAAUAUAACAGUCUUACAAAUACGAAUGGCAUAUCAAAUCCACCACAACCACUUACUCAGGAUUACAUAUUGAAAGAAAUUUCCGCAACUUUGUCUCAACGUAAAAGAUUACAUUGCCAAGUGUCCAAAUUGGAACAUGAAUUAAAUGUGUUGGAAAGAGCAAGUAAUGAAAAACAGGUUGCUGCAAUAGCUCAACAACAAAGAGAGGCAAGUUCUAAACAUUCACAAAAUCAACAUCAUCAGCAGCAAAAUGGAAAAAGCGGAUCAUCACGAAAAAAUAGAGAAGGACGUUCUAGAUCGCAAGAAUGGCCUGACGUUCCUGAUAUUGGAAAAAUACAAGAAAAUAAUCCAGAAAUAUUGGCGCAAAAAAUUUUAGAAACUGGCAGACAAAUAGAAGCUGGUCGAAUAUUAAGCAGACAAAAUACUAAUACAAGUAAUAAUUCUAGAACCAGACUGCCACAAGCAUCUCUCAGUUUUUCUACUACAUCAUCUAUUUCAUCCUCACAAAUAAAUAAUAAAGAAACAACAAAUAGAACUCAGGAACCUCCUAGAGUUGCAAAUUUUGAAGAUAGAUUAAAAAGUAUUAUUACAAGUGUUCUAAAUGAAGAUCAACAAAAUAGAAAUAAGCAACAACAAAUGCAACUACAGGUGCAAUUACAAAAUCAGACUGAGCAAGAUAGGAAACGUAUUACAUUACCACAAAAUGUUUCUACUCCUGAUUAUACACAGGUUUCACCUGCGAAAUUAGCACUUCGCCGUCAUCUCUCUCAAGAACGUCUUUCUUCUCAUUUAACACCACCUGACAGACCAACAAUUGAUUCGAGGCAGUCAAGUCAUGAUAAUCGUAUUGUAACAGGAGGAAAUGGACUGCUCGGUACUAGAACAAUAGGUGAUUUAGUCAGUGGAGAAAUAGAAAGAACAUUAGAAAUAUCAAAUCAAUCUAUAAUAAAUGCAGCUGUCGAUAUGAGUGCAAUGAUAAGGCCAGAAACUGUAUAUUCUCCUAUUAGUAGACCAGCUAGUGCAGAAGGUGAUGCUGGUUUAUCAACUCUUGCUCAUGUAGCUAGUUAUGCUCCAACUUGUUCUGCAGUUUCAACAUGCACUCCUACUACCACUUCAAGAUCAUCUGUAUUAUUUACACCAGUAACACAACCACAAAGAUAUACACCAGUUCAAUUACCUCGUGCAGACAUAAAACCUUAUCAUGAAUCAUAUUUCUCUGACAAUCCUUCUCAAUCACUUACACAGAGUCAUCCUCCACCAUCAUUACAUUCAUCACAGACUACAUCAAAUGGAGAGCUUUUGCCAGUAGAAGGAUUAGCUGCAUCUUUACAUGCUCGUAUAUUAAAUAAUCACAAUACUAAAACUGAAUCAAUGCUGACUACAAAUAGAAGAUUUCAACCAUAUCCUCGAUAUGCAACAAGUAGCAACAAUAAUGGCAGUGCAACAACAAAUGGUAUGGUGACAGCCAUUUGUCAAUCACAAUCUUCAAUGUCAGUAAAAACAGAGGCAGUCGUGUCAUCAGUAAGCACAAGUGGAGCGCCAUUAAGUCCUCUUGUAGAACCACAUUCUAAUACAUCUACACCACUAGUUGAUGAACCUCAAAUGACAACACAGAGACAACGAAAUGGUAUUGGCGAUGACGAUGGAGAGGCAGAUUGGCAAGAUCGUAUCAGUUCUGGAUUUGAUAGACUGGUUGCGUUCGCGUCUACAGAAUUAGAUAAGCGAAGAAGGUCGACAGAGGGAGUAAAUACGAGUCCUGAUAGUGGUUUAGGAUCUGAUAGCACUGUGACAGGACCUCCACCAGUAAUUCCAUCACCGGACGAAGCAUUAGGACCUCCUCGUACACCUUCACCGACUAGUCCUCGUCCACCCAAUCCCUCCAAUGGUAGUACGAGCAGUAACAGCAGCAGUAAUAGUAGCACAUCUUCAGUGCCUCUAAAAUAUCAACGUCAACUGGAUCCGGAACGACAUCAUUUUAAGAAAAAGUUUUUUCAUAGAGAUUGGAAUAAUUCUGGUAGUACCAGUAAGUUUCGUCCUAAAGGCAAGGAUUGGGAUUGGAAUCAUUCAGGACAGUGGCCUUCGAAUGACGAACAAUCUUAAUCAACUUUUUAUACAUCCUAUCUAAAAAAAAGCAAGUAUAUUAAGCUUUUAAUUUUUUUUAUGAUUAUUAGGUUCGCAGUAAUUGAAUUGGACAUAGUCCGUAUUUCCUUGGUUGCGAGACAGUAGAAUUCUAUUUAUCUGAACUCUAUUAAUGAAAUUUUUAGCGUCUAAUUAACUAAAGUUUUAUUGAAUCUAUUUAUUUAAAGAUGAAUUAUUAUUUGAUUUAAAUCGUAGGUAAUGAGGAGAGUCAAUAAUCUCCUACUAUAUGAAUUCUAAUUACAUGAAUUGUUUAUCUUUUAAUACAUUCAGAUAAAUGUAAUUCUAUUGAAUAUAUUUUUCAUAAUAGAAAUAUUAUUUCUUUUCCUUCUGCUUUUUGCAGUGAAUCCUUAAUUAUUUCAUGUACAAUGUUAGUACAUUAGAUAUCUUUAUAGUAAAUAAUUCUAUAAAGCACGAUUCUCAAUUAGAGUUACGACUUUUUUUCUUUUUCGUUUUUUUUCUUCUUUUUUGUAUUAAAAAAGAAGCGACAUUCGAGCUAAGGGCUCUCUAAUUUGUUUUUGCUUUCAUAUGUUUCAUUACAUAUAAAUAUAUUUAUUUAAUAGAUAUCUUCAUUAUGAGGCUAAAUGUACUGUGAAAUUUAUUCGAAAUAUUAUAUUUCGAUUCAAAAUGUAUUAUGAAAUUUUUUCGAAAUGUUAUAUUUCGAUCAAAAAUGUACUGUGAAAUUUUUUCGAAAUGUUAUAUUUCGAUCAAAAAUCUAAUAUUUAGCCAUAUAUAGAUAUGAACCUAUAUACACGCAUAUAGAUAUGAAGGUCAGAGAAACAUGAAAAAUAUUGCUAAUUAAUAAUAAUACUCACUGGUGAGUAUUUAAACUGAAUAUUAUCAUUUUUGCUAAAAGAAAAAGAAAACAUUUUAAAAUAUAAUCAUUGUCGAUUUGAUAUAUCAUUGUCAAUUUGACAUACGAUAAAAAUGUGUUUGCCUUCAUAAAUAUAUGCUAAUACCAUAGAGAUUAUAUUCCGUGAAAAAAAAAGAAAAAAAAAAAGGAGGAAAUAUUAAAAAUUUAUAAAUGGACGCGUCUAUAGUACACGACCAUUAUAUGUAAAAUGUAGUAAAGCAAAUGAAAGUGCUGUGUAAAAAAUGUACUAUAUGUGAACGUUGAAGCUAACAUAACUAGCUGACAAAUUGGAAAGAAAAAAGCUACCAAAACCUAUGUGUGUUCGUAGCAAAUAUUCGCUGCAUAUUUUAUACGCGGCUCUGUAUCCCCUGAUUGUUUCUUGAGGAUGCAGUAUCGAAGUGUUCACUGUUGUUCAUAAAUGAAAUAUGACAACAGAUAGCAAAGAAUAGUCAUUUCACUAACCAGAAAUUAAAUUUAAUUCAUUUUUCCUUUUUCUGUUUUUGUUUCUUUUUCUGGCACAAAUUUACCCACUGAUUUGUAAGAUUGUGCAAAAUAAUCCAAAGAACAAUCUCUCUACGAGAGUUAAAUAGACAAUUUUUCCCAGCAGGGUUUGAUGACUUGAAAUAAUCUCAUUGAUAUGAGAUUCGAUUUGUAAAUAUGAUGCGACGCACUUUUUAAAAAAAUAGACGCAUCUACGUUGUAUAAAAGAUUUUUUAGUCAUUGUGUCCUAAAUAUAGCGCAAAAGAUUUGUAGAGAGAAAGAGAGUGAGAGCAAGAGCGAAAGAGAGAGAAAGAGAGAGAGAGAGAGAGAGAGAGAGAGAGAGAGAGAGAGAGAGAGAGAGAAAGGGGAAUGAGCGAGUAAGAGAAACAACCAAGUGAAUUUCAUGGAUUGAAAUGUAAAAAAAGAAAAAAGAAAAGAGCCAGAAAAAAUCGAUCGCUCGCCGUACUUGAUUGUAAUUAGUUAUCAAAUUAUUUAAUAAUCCCCUUAUACAUUAAUAUGAUAUAAUUAAAUAAUGAUGUAGGCACCUGCCAAGUUUAGCAUGUUAUAUACACUGCCGAAACUUCUAUUAAUUUUAUUAUUGAUCAUGAUUAUUAUUUAUUGUUUUUUAUUGAAAUAUUUUAAUACUAAGGUUUUUGUAACAAGCAUAUUUUCUCUUUCAUUCCUACCUUCCAUUUGCGUGAUUUAUCAUAUAGUAAAAAAAUAAAAAAAAUGAAUCUUGCAAAUCGUGGUAUAAUGAAAAAUAUUGAUAUUGUUGUAUUGUUAUCAUUUUAUUUGCUCGAUCUCUUCAGCGCCGAGAAGAAGAAAUAAGAGAGAAAAAUAACAUAGAAAGGUAGAUAAAUUUUUAAGCGUAUAUCAUCAAUUGAAGAAAUUUAUUACAAAAUUGCCUGAUUAUGUUAAUCAUUAUCUAUGCAAUAAUAUACUUUUGUUGUAAACGAAAGGAAGUGCUAGUACGUUUGUUAGGAUAAUACAUUGAUUUGCUGCGUGAGCGAACAAUGGUUGAAAUAUAGGUAUAUGUAUAUACAUAUAUAUAUAUAUAUAUAUGUAUAUAUAUACCAGAAAUGAUCAUAAUACGAUUUUAUA